CUCUCGGGCUUUUGGAACCAGCUCGAUCUCCUUCGAACAAGAUUUGAGAAGUCAUAGGUUUAAAAAUGAAGCGUUUCAGCCCCUCAGGAUCUCUGUGGAUUUAGAGGACGAACCCGACGUCUUGGUCUGUUUGUUACCAUGGGAACAAUGAUGGAGGUGGCACAGCUUGAGAGCAGACUGAACGUCGAGGAUUAUAAAAAGCUCCAAGGCCUUUUCUUGGACUCCUCCGGCGCGUCCCGCUCCCUGUCCAGAGAUGAGUUCGUGGACCGGGCCUGCUCGUCCGUGGGCCGCGGCUCCAGGGAGGAGUACGGCCUCCUGUUCGACUGCGUGGCGGUCACCGAGGGGCAGCGCGGCCUCAUCCUGGACAGCGACGCCGUGCGGGAGCGGGGGCGCGUGGCCUGGACGGGCCUGUGCGCCUUCUUGACGCUGGAGCUCUCGGAGAAGCUGAAGAGCUCCGGAACCGGCCCGGCGCCCCGCUGGAAGCCCCCGCGCAGCCUGGCCUGUCCACACCGAGACCCGGUCCGAAAGGUGCUGUACCUGCAGAGCUCCGCUCAGUAUCUGACCGUGAGCCAAGGAGGAUCGCUGGGUCUGCGGGACGAGGACAUGUCCCUCGUCCACACGCGGCGGCUGCAGAACAGCACGGUCACGGCGAAGGACCUGUGGGUCACGGACAUGGUGCUGCUGCACAACGUUCAAAAGAUAGCUGUGUCAUUUACCAGCAAGGAGCUGUGUUUCUAUGACCUACUGUCCAAACAGGAUUUCAGCUGCAAAUACAAACUGCAGGGUCUAAAAUUUACUCCCUGGUGUCUGGACUACUGGGCAGAUCCUUCUCUCCCAGACCAGGCCGUCCUCACCAUAGGAGACACUGGAGGACAGGUCACUGUUUUAUGCUUCAACUCGGCCCAGAUCUCUCUGUUUGAGAGGCUCGUCCCGAGGACAGACUCGGAUCCAGCAGACGUCGUCCUGUGGGAGGACCUGGUCAAAGGGAAGCACUGCUCCUGUUACAUCAUGUCACACCAAGCACACGAACCCGCCUGGGUAAGAAGAGUGCGCUACCUGCCGUCACUGGAAGCCUUCGCCUCGUGCAGCACCGGCCCACAGAGCAGCAUGGUGAUCAGCUGGAGGGAGAAGGACAGCAGGAGGCUGCGAGUCUCCUCCUUCUCCACGCAGAGGGGAGUGCUGGACAUGGACCAUCACCGCGAGCUCAAUGUGAUAGCCACCGCGGGCGUGGACCACGCCGUCCUGCUGUGGAACCCGUACGCGAGCUCGCGGCCGCUGUGCGUGCUCAGCGCGCACGCGGGCCCCGUCGCCGCCGUGCGCUUCGUGCAGACCAAGCAGCAACUGCUCAGCUUCUCCAAAGAUAAGGUGUUGUGCGUGUGGGACGUGUGUAACCGGCGCUGUGAGCACCGCCUGACCGGCGUCUUCCCCGACGCGCGCGACGACGCGCACACGCUCCUCUUCCUCCACGAGGAGCGCCGGCGCGUCCUGCUCUCCUUCAACAGCCUGCUGCUGCUGCUGGAGACGACGGAGGAGGAGAAGACGAUCAGCAGCCACCCGCACCCUGCUACCUGUGUGCUGUAUAACAGCCUGUUCAGACAGGUAGUCAGCAGCGACUCCGCCUCCUCUGUGAUCUGCUGGCUGGCCGACACGGGCCAGAAGGUCAAGCAGUUCCGCCGUUGCCACGGCAACGCCGGCAUCUCCACCAUGGCUCUGGACGGCACGCAGACGCGCCUCUUCACAGCAGGGAGCGACGGCGAGGUUAAAGUGUGGGACUUCAACGGCCGCUGCCUCCACACAAUGAACGCCGGCCUGGGUCGAGCCGUGGCCAUCACACAGGUCCUGCUGCUGAAGAGGAGCAUCCUGGUCAUGGGCUGGGACAGGAUCUUGACCGUCUUCCAUCUACAUUCCUUCUCGCAGCCGUCGGUGGAACCCUCUGAGUGGAGCGGCGGCGCGCAGCAUCGGGGACACGUGCUCUGUGCUGCGUUCCAGCCGCCACAGACUCUGGCCACAGGGAGCGACGACGGGGAGAUUAUCGUGUGGAACAACAGCACAGAAAAAGCUCUGAGGAGGCUGCGGCUACACGCUGAACACGACUGCACCAAGCCGCAAGGUAAUUACCUGGGUUUUCAGAGCAGCUCGACAGACACAGAUGAGUCCGAGAGCCGCCACGCCGUCACCAGACUGCUCUUCAUACCGGGACGCACGUCUGUGGCCGCAGCUGCAGGUGCUGCAGACCUGGUGUCCUGUGGAGGUUCUGGCCUGGUCAGACUCUGGAACAGCAUCCACAGUCGCGUUGUGGGACAUUUCCCAGCUCACAGCAGAGAGCUGGGCCCUGUCGUCAUGACCGUCAGUCCCUGCGGACACUAUUUAGUCACAGCCGAUAGAGGGGGGACGAUCAAGACUUGGGACAUAGAGCAUUAUUGUAUUGUCCCUGACGACACAUUGGCCAGAGAACCUCCGGAUCUUUUGCACAGCUGGCGCCCGCACGUUGACCGCGUGACUCAUCUGGAGACGUGCAUCCACGGCGACAGACUCCUCCUCCUCUCGGCGUCGUCCGACGGCAAUGUGGCCCUCAGCUUCCUGCCCAGAGGCACCGUGGGUCUGUUCGGACAGGAGGAACCGUGGCGCCUCGAGAGCCCCGGACCUGUGCGCCCACAGCGGGGAGCCGAGCGGGACCAGGCAGAUCACGGAGGGCGAGAGGUCACCAGGCAGGGAUGGAGGACGCCACCGCCAGCCACCGGAGAGACACGGGGUGACCCAGGACAUGACACCACAGGCCGGGGAGCCACUCAACCAAAUCACGCCUGCACAGACACCCAGAAGAACUAACCACGCCGCUGGGCCGAGGGCACGAUAAGAUGUGUGUUUCAGGCCACAAGUCAGUGAAGUUGGGACAAUUGCUUUAAACAUUCACAAUUAAAAUCAUAUACAUUAACUAUGCACUAACUACUAACGAUGUCACCCCUUCAUUCCUAAAUGGUUGCCUGUUGUCAGUGGAUAGGAUCACCCUGGGCUCACCUCUAACAUUCACCCACACACAUAGACACGUGCACAACGCUUAAGUCUUAACCUAUGACGUUGGUAGCCAUUAUGGGCCGCGCUCCAUAAAACCUGGGCUAGUUCUUUUCUAGCAUGAAGGUUCUGUCUUGACCUUUGGGAGCAGGAGUUAAUAAAGCAAAUCUAACCUUUAAGAUCGGAGUCUCUUUAACAUCUGCCCAAGAUUCCCAUCAAAAUGACAUUUACUGCUGGAAUAAACAUCAUUGUCUAUUCCUGUAACAUAAUGAAAAGGCAUUUAUGACCGUGACCGUUCAACUGCGUUACGACUUUGUGGAGCUCAUCAAUCAGACGCUGAAAUGCUCCUCUAAAAAAUGCAUUGUCAUGAAAGCAACAAUCAAACAUUUUAUUUCACUGUCCUCUAUUUUCCAUGCAUUUCUGUAAAUGUCUCCUAUAUUAUUUAUGAUAACAAUUGUUAAUAAACAGACAUUACAUUACUAGCUACAAUAACAAGUAUACAGUAGUGAUAUUCUCCAUGUGUCCAGUUUAUAGGCAUUGGUAGAAACAUGGUACUAAAAAGUAACUAUAAAUUAUUAUGAAUAUUAUAUUAUUAUGAAAACCCAGCUGCAGGAACCUGCUGUAUCAGGGAUGAGGAAAUAAAUUGUUUCAAUAAGUGGUUUUCGAAAUAUGGGGAAUGUUUGUGGAAAAUAAAACAACAUUACCAACUCUAUGGGACACAGGUAUAUUGUGAUAUUAAUAAUCAUAUAAUAACUGCUCAGCAGUCUUGUUGUUUAUUGUACUGUGGUGUAGGACAGUGACAGUGAAUGAGCAGUUAAUACAGGCUGAUGCUUCUCACAGCUGAAAAUGUAAAAUAAAAUAAGCCAUGUUGGGCUGUAGGGAACGAGCCUUUUUAUUUAAUCAGUAUAACCUGAGACCACAAAUUAUCAUUACAUGAGCAUAAAAACGUAAGAAAUCAGAGGAGUAAUGUAAUAUUAAUGUAGAGUCUAACUGUUUCAGGAGGAUAAUGAUAAUGGAAGGUGUGGGCCGGCGGGAGAAUUUAGAUGUCUGUGUAGUCCCAAGGACAAGGGCUUCGCGUUGUGAAGGAAUAACUGAGUUUUGAAAACACCUGAGAAGUGGGAACUAGAGGGAAACUGCCAUCCAGGCGUGAGUGUUUGGAAUCAAUGCUGGGUGUGUGUGUGUGUGCGUGUGUGUGUGUGUGUGUGUGUACUGUACUGAGCUCGUCUGAAAAGUGUGUGUGUGGGGGUGAUUUGGUGGAGGGCCCAACUGGCAAGUCUAGGCUGGGCUGACAGCCAGCUGCUGGGCAUGAGGUGAGGAGAGGGAAUAGCCUCACUCCAUCACCAGCUGAGUGUGUGUAUGUCUAAAUAGCCUCAGUCCAUCACAGCAGCUAUUCACCGGUGAAUGAGAGCGUCAGCCCUGUUCCGCUCACUCCAUCACUGUGUGUGUACGUGUUUGCGAGCAAUACACGAGUCAUGGAUAUUGAUGGGUCUGGGCUCCCGGUCUAAUCUCUGCUGCAACACAAAGUACUCCGGUAUCCACUGGAGAAAUAAGACGCUGCCCUGUGACACACAACCGCACAGUGAGAGGUGAGAGCAGUUACUGCCUGUGUUUUUGCACAGCCGCGCAGAUCACGUGCAACGAUAACGAAGAAGACGAGACGAGAGCGAUCGCUGGGAACACGUCUAAUAACCAAAGCAGCCUGUGAAAUGCAAAAUUUAGCAGCGGCUUCGCACAAUAACGCGUGCGCACCCACAAUGUGGAGGUGGCAAAGCAAUUACAAGCAGCCAGGUUGAUUUUGAUUUUAAUUAGCGCCCUCGCUGUGAGCUCCACCUGUUAUCGUCGACAGCCAGCAAACAUGAACGUGAAGCUGUCAGUCCUGCAGAACUUCACUCGGCUUAAUCGAAAUUCCUAUGACCCAAGAACAAGAUCCUGCAGCUUCUGCAAGUAAAUUGCUCAAACAGCACGAGCCAGUGAUUGGCAGUAAUUAGUAAAAUAUUUUCUUAUGAAUAUCGUUUUUGAUGAAGCGAUAUCAUACCGACUCUUUGAAGAAACUUUUGCGAAGAGGAAGAAUUUUCCUGGCAUCUGAUCGUGGAGUCAAAUUUCCAGCCUCUGUUCUAAGUUCGGUAACUUGUAUAAUGUGUUAGUAUCUGUGUUUUUAUGUUCUUCCAUCCACUCUGUGCUUCUCAUAGACACUUGAUGAAACGAGGCUUCUCCUCGCUUCAUCACUGUGAUUCCUUAGAUUUGUUUCUUUGUAACUUUUACUUUUUUCAUCAUGUCAAAUCUAUUUAAGAUGAAUUAGCAGCUGGGUUUUAACCUGAAACGGUGUUUUAUGGGAAACUUCAGCAUCAUUACUGCUCGUAUUCUAGAAUGGUUGUUUCAGAAAAACCUCUCCUCAUCUUUCUUACAGUAAUUGAGGAGCCAUGUGUGAGUGGCUCUUUUUAUCAUUAUCAUAUUUCCACGUUCGGUCCAAUACUUUUGUGGUUAUUUAUGUAUCUUAAUAGUGUCUUCUAAGCUGCUGCUCUAUAUAUAUGUUAAAUCCUUGCAUGUGAUUGUGUUUGCGCUGUAGGAGUGACGCCUGCAUGUAUAAUUGUAUGGGGCGUGUGCAUAUUAACACACAUGAUCAAUUUAAUGAUUAGUUUCCUCCCCCUCGCGCUUGUCAUUAUCACGCCUCCCAGAGCCACCGCGUCUCUAACUGUUGAUGGAUUCUAAUGAUGGAGAUAGAGGUCAUUAGCAUUAAUGUAAGCUCUACAACAUACAACCCCCCCCCCCCACACACACACACAUCAGAUAAGCUGAAAGAAAUAACAUCCUCAAGCACACUUAACACUCACUUAAAUAUGCUGCAGAACAUCACGUCUGUCUCCCCUCUUCUUUUGUAUCUGCAAUUCAAAGUAGGUCCAGCGUGCAAAUGAUGUGUGGCAAAAAUUCCCAAUUAAUUUCAUCCACUGUUUAAAACAUGGGGCCACUGCACAACUGCUCCGCGCUGAAAGAGUGGAGUUAAAUUGCGAGGAAGUGGGCUGAUGCCGCUUCAUGCCCCUGAGCCUAUGGCAGUGUUAGCAUUUCAAAUUGAGUUACACGCUAAACAAGCAAAGUAGUGCCUGAUUGCUAACUCAUCUGUUUAUAGCAGGGCUCGCCUUGUUGCUCCUGUUCAUGAGCGCGAGCCCGAGUAUAGAUUUGUGUGAGACUGUGCGUUUGUGUGCCGGCGUCUUUGCUUUAGCAAUAGGAAAACAAAUUACGGUCCUCCGUGUGUGUGUGUGUGUGUGUGUGUGUGUGUGUGUGUGUGUGUGUGUGUGUGUGUGUGUGUGUGUGCUCCCAGGAGUUUCUCUAUGGGGCUAAACACUCAUCAUGUAAAUCAGCGCGCUAUUAGGAGCUGACUGCUCUUCCUCUGCUUUCUUAUGAAGAUGAAUAAAGCCCCAGCCCAUGAUAGAGGAAAUGAAACAAACUCUCUGAUGAAAGUGCCCGGCUACAGUCUACGUGUCUCUUAUCUGCGUGUGUGCAUGAAAUAACUUACCUUUUUAAAGUUUAUUCUAAUUUCAUUGCCUCCAUUAUUUUGUUGGCUUACGGUGGCGUUCAAGUCUCACACGUGCACCCGCCCCACUCGUAUUCAUGCAUUGUAGUGGCUUCAUAAAUCUUUAUGAUCGUACUGUAUAUGAGUCUGUAUAUCACGCAGGAGUUAACAUAAUUAGUGACUCUAAACUGCGGUUCCAGCCUUUGAAGAAUUACAGUAAUUUGUGUUUUUUAAGUUAUUGUAGAUGUUCUAGCUGUUACAAGUGCCCAGUGUAUUGCACAUCUAUAUGCAUGCGCACACGUAAACGCAUGUUUCAUACUUUAAUUGGCCUCAAAUGCCUGGGUUUGUUAUAUUGCCUUGUGUGUUUGAAUAAUGCAUGGUAGUAUUCAUAUGCUCUUCUUUUAAGAUAGCUUCAUUUGUAUGUAUGAGUUUGGAAGCAGGUGAAUUAUUCUGGGUCCGCAUGCACAUUGCAGCUCCGGCUGCCUGAUUGCAGCAUAAUUACCAUAAAUCAAAUUUACAUUUGUCAUCUAAUUUAGUUUUCAUCUUGGUAUUGCCUGGUUAAUUCUGGCGUCCACCACAAAUAAGAUAUAUUGUCAUACAGAUUAAUAACGUGCGCGCGCGCACACACACACACACACACACACACACACACACACACACACACACACACACACACACACACACACACACACACACGAUCCUCCCACGCACGUCUCAGCUGUACAGUAUUUCACCCCUCAGGUUUUGCUUUGCUGCCGCACACACUCCCGCAUUCUCUCCCCUGUAAUUACCGGCUAAUUUACUGAGAGCGGGUGUUAUGACUCAGAUACGUAUACGGUCGGGAUGCACUGCACCAACUCAUGCAUUGAACAGAUGUCACAACACAACACUCCAAACCCAAAGUUCGUUUUUUUCUUCCAUGUUUCAGAUGCUGCAGGUCCAGAAUUAUAAACCUAAUUUCAGAGAGAAUGAGAGACACUAGGCUCUCUCCUAUGUUUACCUGAAUGAAAGACAAUUCAUAAUAACUGUCUAUGGCAUUUAUUUCUUUGGACAAUAAAG